AGGCCAACCCUUCCCAUCCGGCCUGUCCGAGGCCCCUUCCCAGCCUAGUUCGUCAUGAGGUGGAACACAAGUCGCUUUUUGUCGCUUUUCUCCCCGAUUUUGCCGUAAUUUCUCACCUCCUUGUCAGACUAGCAGCUGCAGAAUGAGCGGUGGGAGCUCCAGUAAGAGUCAGAAGGAGAUGGCGCGGAGUAUUGUACAGAAGCUUCGGACCGCGGGGGUCCGGCUGGUGGCGCUGGACUGGGACCGAACCAUCAUCACCGUGCACACCAAGGGAUGCUGGGAAGACGGGCCCAGCAAGCUGGCCAAACACGUGCGGCCGUGCUUCAAGUACUUCAUCGCUGCGUGUCUGGACUCCAGCCUGCACCUGUGCGUGGUGACCUUCAGCUCACAGUCGCCGCUCAUCAAGGACACGCUAAAAAUAGCCAUCCCACACAGCGACACAAGUGCAAUCAUCAUCCGCGGGAACACCAAGGACUGGGCGCGGAUUCAGGGCGUGCCGAUCCUCGGGAAGCAGCAGCACAUCGCCUCCGCCAUACGCGAGGUCACAUCGAAGCGUCACCAGGUCAUCCAGCCCGGUGAGGUCAUUCUCAUGGACGACGACACGGAGAAUCUCAAGAUCGCCGAGACGUUCGGGCACCGCGCCUUCUUCGUACGCGACGACAUGGCCAUGGAACACUUCAAGGAGUGCGUGAUGGAUCACUUACCGAACAACACGAAAACCGCGUCCGACAAGAACUAGCGCGGACGGGCACGCGAUCCGGAGAGAGAGACAGACUUGGUUUUGUGUAGAGACAAUAUAAACUGACUACAAGAGGAACGCAGACUGAGAAAUGCAGGCUGAGGUCUGGAUGAAAUCUUCACAUAGUUUAUUUUGCGACGUCUUGUUGGUGCUACGCCCCCGUGAAGUCAGCGUACUUCUAUCUGUCUGUCUGUCACGUCAAGAAGAAGAAGAAGAAAAAAAAUUACGAAAGUGUUUUGCCUUAUCAGUGUGACGAACGGAUUGGCCAGGAGAAACAGCCAAUCAGGUCACUCCAGCCGACAUGUGAAGACGAUUCUCCGUGUUUGUUUAUUUAGGGUAGACAUGAUAAGAAAAAAGACAAAACAAACAAACAGUAACUGUGCACACUGUAUUCUAUGAUGCCUUCGAUGUUCUGUGUAAAACCUGUAGGAAAUCUCGGGCUUCUGCAAUGCUGUUAUUUGGUUCACGCAACUUUUAAACUCGAAGAAAAACAGUUUUAGAAGAGUAAAUGGAUAAAAAACAGCCAGAUAGGGAGACUAACAAUUAGUGUGACUGUAGAUAGGCAGGUAUGGUGAAGAAAUUUUCCCAGUAUGUAAUGUAGAAAAGAUAUUAUUGAUAAUAUUAUUGGAUACCCAAGGAAAGGUUCCAGCACAAAAAGUUGUCUCUGCUUUGAGAGUCAUAAACGUUGUCCUCUAAAGUAGAGAAAAACUUAAAAAGGAAAAAGAAAAGAAAAUUCUCCACUAGUGGGUUAGUUGAAGUGUAGAUAGCAAGGGAAAAAAAAUAAGGAAAGCAAAAAAAAAGUUGUGAAACAUUACAAAAGAUAAACUCAAUACCUUAAGUCAGAAUUUCAUAGAAGUGGUCCAUUUUGAUGAGUUACUUGUCAACACUUUUCUCUGUACUUCAAAAAAAUUACUAAAAACAGAUCAAAUUUUAAAAAAAAAAUGACAGUAGAAAAGUAUCGGGGCUAUGGUUCUGAUAAUGCAGCUGAAGUUAUGAAUGUAUGAUGUGAACCAAGGAACGGCAUUGCAGUAGCCUGCGGAAAACUGACAGGUUGCUAUGGUGACGGAUCAAUGUGUUGUUUCACCUUUUUGUCUCCAAAUUGGGCUCCAACACAUUACAUUAUAUACUGUAAUCCAGAGUCAGCCAAUAGUCAAACCUCAAAAACAGCAGCUUUUCAUGUAUUUAGUUUGGUGAUGUUCGGUUUUAUUGAAGUUGGUGGAGAAAUAUUGGUUUUAUUUUGUGUCAGUGAAGAGACGAGAAACUGUGUCUCACCUGACCACUACAGUAACGUCUUAAGUUCUUCCUCAGUGUCUUAAGGACCAAGCCCUGGAGGAGCUGUGGUCUUAGUAGUGUAAGAUGGUAGUGAAAAUGUCUUUUAUAGUCUUGUAACCAAAUGUGAGCCAUUGUUCUUACUUGUGGCAUUGCCUUCUGUGCUCGCUUGUACUUUAUUGCAACCAGCUACAGCAUACAACCAAGGGACUGUUCACUACUGUAGGGGAUGAACCGCUCACGCUGCCAGGGACUGGUCAUUAUAUGAGUUAGUAGUCGUGUGUGGAACGGAAGACAGAAAAGGAAUUCUGUAAGACGCCAGAAGAUGGAACAGGAAAAAGACUGCGUGUGACCUUGAGAUGACGUGUGACCUUGAGAAACGGAGGCAGACAUGUUCAGUUGCCAUGGUAGCGGAGAGAAGGGUUAUAUUUCAGCCAGUUUAGUUCCCAGCUCACUGUUAAUGCCUUCUGUCAUGUAACGUUACCACAGGAAAUAUACAACCAUCCACGGGAUGGGAAAUGUA